UAGUUCUUAACAAUAAUACACACACACAACCAAUACUCGUUGACAGAAGUGCAUAUCGCGGAAAAAAUUUUACUCAGCUGUUUACGGUACACUAUCUGCGCCCUGGGAAAAUAGCGCAUGGUAGAUUGCAAAAUUCUAAACAAAAGAUACGUAAUCCCAAAAAUGAAGUGCUAUUACGAGGAGCUCGGAGUGGAAUGCGAUGCCAAUGAAGGAGAUAUUAAAACAGCCUACAGGAAACUGGCGCUAAAAUGGCAUCCAGACAAAAAUCUACAAAAUCUCGAAGAGGCCAAGGAACGUUUCCAGCUGAUUCAACAGGCCUAUGAGGUGUUGUCUGAUGCACGAGAAAGAGAAUGGUAUGACAACCAUAGGGAGCAAAUCCUAAGGGGCAAAAGAUCCAAUUACCAAGACAGCUGCUUAGAUGUGUUCCAGUACUUUACAGUUUCCUGUUUCAAGGGUUAUGCAGAUGAUGCCCAAGGCUUCUAUUCUGUGUAUCGCGAUGUAUUCGAAAAGAUUGCUACCGAAGAUCAAGAGUUUAUGGAUGACGAAAACGAAAUAGAGAAUAUUCCUGCUUUUGGAGAUUCCACAAGUAGCUAUGAAGAGGUUGUGGGUCCCUUUUAUGCUUGGUGGUCUGCUUAUUGCACCAAGAGAACCUAUACUUGGCUAUGUCCCUAUGAUGUUAUGGAGAUCAAGGAUCGUCGAAUCGUAAGAGAGAUUGAAAAGGAAAUGAAAAAAAUAGUGCAGAAUGCUCGCAAAGAGAGAAAUGAAGAGGUGCGAAAUUUGGUAUCAUUUGUGCGAAAACGUGACAAACGUGUACAAGCCCACAAAAAACAGUUAGAAGAACGAGCUGCUUUUAACCGACAAAAACAAGAACACAACCGUCGGGAACAGAUACGAAGGAGGCAACAGGAACUACAGGAAAUGCGCGCAAAUAUGGAGACAAAGUCCAACGAUGCAUAUGAAGAGCAGUUGAAACUUUUAGAACAAGAAUAUAGCAGCGAUGAAUAUGAAUAUGAGGAUGAUGAUGAAGAUGAAGAAUACGAGAAUAUCGAUGUCGGUGCUGAAGACCCACAGGAUACUCUGUUCUGUGUUGCGUGCAAUAGAGAAUUUAAGAACGAAAAGUCUUUUGCCAAUCAUGAAACCAGCAAAAAACAUCGUGAAAAUGUCGAAACAUUAAAGCUGCAAAUGCAAACGGAAGAGAAUUUAUACCAACCGGAAGAGGGGAUGGUCGAAGUUUCAAAUGAUGAAGAAGCAGAGCCACAAGUGGAAGAACAAGUCACGGAAGACAUGGAAAAAGUUCAUAAAAAUAAAAACAAAUCUCGCAAAUCUAAAAAUAAGAAAGACAACAAAAAGUCCAUAGUGACUCUAUUAGAAGACUCCGAUGAAGAAAAUACGGAACUGACAACAGAUGAAAUAAGUAUACAAACAUCCAAAUUGGGAAUAUCCAACGGCGGUGCUGGCGAUACAAAAAAAGAAAGCGACUGUGAUGAUGAUAUGGACUGGAACAAAACAAACAAAAAGGCGUCCAAGAAAUCCAAGAAUAAAAACAAAAAUACAAGCUCUAAAAAAAAUGCAACCGAAACAUUUACCUCUGAGCAGGAGCAGAUAGCAAAUAGCCAGACUACCAAAUCCAGCCCAAAAGUCAUUAAUGCGAAAAAGACAGAGGAUAACGAAUCCGAUAAACCAAUCACCCAUAUUUGUGUGACUUGUAAGUCUAGUUUUGAUUCAAAAAAUAAGCUAUUCUCUCAUCUUAAACUUACAAAUCAUGGAGUUUACAUACCCAAAGCCAAGACCAAGGAUGAUGAUUUAGAGCGUAAUAAAAAAGGCAAAGGGAAAAGAAAGUAAAUAUACAGAGAGAGAGAGAGAGAGAGAGAGAGAGUACCUAAAUUAUAAAACAAAACGUAAGAUAUAGGAAUAGUUGAUUAGACAAAACAUUUAUUUAUGCAACUUAGACCCAAUCGGUGUAUAUCUCUACGAUUAAUAGAUAAAGUCCAACAUUUGUUUGAUAGCUGUCCGAAUAACUUUGGUAUUUUUGGAAAAUAUUUCAAAUUUUUUGAACAUUUUUAAUUUAGUAGUUUCUGUAAAUAAAUAAUGUGAGAAAAACUGAAAGCAAAAAAGUGUAUAAGUAUUCCAAAACCUUA